AACUCUCUGCCCUCUUGUUUGAGAGUAAUGAUGGAUCGCUGGAAGGACAGAGUUGCUGUUGUUACUGGUGCCUCAGUGGGAAUCGGAGCUGCAGUAGCCAAAUCUCUUGUGCAGCAUGGCAUGAAAGUGGUUGGUUGUGCCAGAAACGUCGAACAAAUAGAGGAAAUAGCAUCAGAAUGUGUCAAAAGUGGAUUCAGUGGCACUCUGCUUCCAUACAAAUGUGAUCUGUCUGUAGAGGAGGAAAUCAUAUCCAUGUUCACCUGGAUCAAAGCUCAACAUCAUGGGGUCGACGUGUGCAUCAAUAACGCAGGCUUGGCUUUUCCAGAACCUCUAUUAAAUGGCAAAACCAGCAGCUGGAAGACUAUGUUAGAUGUGAAUGUGAUCGGGUUGUCAGUGUGCACCCGUGAGGCUUACCAGUCCAUGAAAGAAAGAAAUGUUGAUGAUGGUCAUAUCAUUAACAUCAACAGUUUGUGUGGACACCGGGUCAUGCCCAGAGCUGACAUACACUUCUACACGGCAACCAAAUACGCUGUGACUGCACUAACAGAAGGUUUGCGACAAGAGUUACAGGAAACCAAGAGCCACAUACGUGCCACCAGUAUAUCUCCUGGUUUAGUGGAGACUAUGUUCACCCCUCGCCUUUACAGUCACAUGCCAGAAAUUGCUGUUGCUGCUUAUAAAUACAUAAAGUGUCUACAGGCAGAAGAUAUAGCCAAUGCAGUGGUGUAUGCUUUAAGUGCUCCCGCUCAUGUUCAGGUUGGAGAACUUCAGGUGAUGCCUGUGGAACAGAUGUAUUCCUAACUUAACAGUUCAUCUACAAAAUAUUUCUGAAAUGUUUGGCCAGGAAUCUCCAACGUGUCCAACAGGUUUAGAAAUGAAUGUGUUCUAGGCAAAAUGUCACUGAAAGAGAUACAACUGUUUUUACUUGUAACAUCUGAUGUAAUCUUUAAAUAGUUUAAAGCGAUACUAAAGAAAAAAAAAAGAUUUACUCACCCUCAAUCAAUGGACGUCAAAAGCCAAAAAAUGUGGGUGGGGCCAAAAUUCUGGUUGCGGUUCUGGUGCGUUUUCUUCUUCUUCCUUUAUUUUGUAACACCAUUCCAGCAUCUAUGGCUAUAUUUAUGGCGAGAACCAGGUAAUACAUACACAAGUUUAUUCAGACAAGUUGAUUUAUACACAAGUUGGGGGAGGGACAAUUUGGUAUCUCCAAUUUACCUAACUUGCGUGUUUUUGGCCUGUGGGAGGAAACCGGAGUACCCGGAGUAAACCCACGCUGACACAGGGAGAACAUGCAGAAACUCCACACAGAAAGGCCACCUGCCCUAGCCGGGGCUCGAACCGGGAAUCUUCUUGCUGUGAGGCAACAGUGGCCUAAAAAGUGGGUGGGUCUUGUCCCACCCACAUAUAAUAGUUACGACGCUCAUUCCUCAAUCUGAGCUACAUAUGUCCAUCAUCUUUCAGAAGAGCACAAUUUGAGUUAUUUCAGAAAAUGUCCUGGCUCUUCCAAGCUUUAUAACGGGAGAAAACAGUGUCCAUGACUUUCAAGCCCAAAGUGCAUUUUUAUUCCUGACUGGCACUGUUUUGUUCUCCACGUUUGCUAUUAUCACUAUGCAUCUUACGCUACGUCCUACACUGAAAUUCUCUGGUGAAUGUGCAUUAGUUGUUAAUGGAAGCUAGAUAUUUUUCCUACAAAAUCGCAUGGAUUUCCCUCUGAAAGCCUUUAUUAACCAUGGACCCAUGUGGAUUACCUGUGAAGGAUGGAUGCACUUCUUAGGGCUUAAAAGUCAUGUUCAAAGCUUGGAAGAGCAAGGACAUUAACUAAAAUAACUUGCAUAUGUCCUUCAUCAUUCAGACGAACACAUUUUGUCUUGGAUGGCUUGAGGAUGAGUAAAUUAUGGGGUAAUUUUCAUGUUUUGCUGAAAUAUAUAUUUAUCCUCUGUGUACUUUUUUAUAACAGGAGAGUAUUUUGAUAUUAAAAUAAAUACUCUUUUUUUCUCUACACUUAAAUUUAUAUGUAUCCCAGUGAAUUAAAGGGUUUUACUCGAGUGCCUUGGAGAUUUGCGUUUUCAGUACUUUAAUUACCUCUUAUUAUCCAAAGAGCACCACUGAUUCAAGAAGACCACUGCAGCACUCUCUGCUAUUUCUUUCAUAUAAAAUUAUUACUAUUGAUUUAUGCAAUAUCAAUGCUGUUAAGUCUGAGAUGUUAGUAAAAUAAAUUGAAUUGUAAAUUGAAUUACUUCUAAUAAACGGAUGCUCUAGACCA